AUGGGCAGCUCGGACGCGAAAUCUCCCACGCUUGAGCAAGAUUCCAAGACAGUACCUCUGUCAUCAUCUGUCAAUAAAGAGGGGCAGCAAAAUGGACCCGACGUAUUCGAAAGACGGGGGUCCGCAGACUCUGGCACACCAGCCGAUGCCCAGGCAGAUGAUGGCUUUGUGCUUUCGCGAAGCGUGCAAGACCCUUCAGAGGAGCUGCCGAUUGAACUAAUCAGCCUGGCAGAUCGUUUCGUGAAUUCCCUGAGCGCCAAAGUCCACAACUCACCUCCUACGAUCGAGAAGAUCUCUGAGCUUUUCCAAGUUUUCUACAGCCGCGCCGAGUCCCACAUUGCCACACAUAUUUCUGCUCUCAUAACUCGGAUAAACCGGGAUCUUUCGCCUCAGGUUCCUGCAAAGUCUCCACGAGGAAGCGCACUGUCGAAAUUGAGUAGCAAGCGCUCUCAGGAUGAUGUCAGGCUAGGAGCUUCAGGUCGCCAAAUGUUGACUGCGUCCGAAGUAGCCGAAAAGCGACAGGCUCGUAAAGCCCUUGAAAACAAACGAAGUGCAUUAGAAGAGGCUGCCGAACGAAGGGUUUGCGAGCUGGUGUAUGAGAAACUCUGGAGGCACAAAAGUACAUUGGAUGAUGUGCGGGAUGAAAAGUUGCGUUCCAAGACUGCGGCUUUGCUGCUGGUCGGCAUUAAUCUGAAAGACCUUGGGAUCGAUAUAGACCUUGAAUCAAUCGAUGAACAGAAGCAGGACGAAGCGAACGAAUUUCUUUGUCAAGCCCGGGAGUAUCUCGCGAAGAUGAACGAUUACAAAUACCCCCUUGGAAAGCUUCAGCAGCUUGCAGCGGCGCACAAGGCCAUCGUCGACGCUCUUACUAAACUUUUGCCGUCGUCUUCUUCUGCAGACGAGAUUCUACCCACGUUGAUCUAUUCGCUUGUGACAUGCCCUCCGGAAGGGAUCAAUAUUGUCAGCAACUUGGUCUUUAUCCAACGUUUCAGGUCUUCAAACAGAAUUGACGGAGAAACGGCUUACUGCCUAACCAAUCUAGAGGCCGCGAUUAGCUUCUUGGAAAACGUCGAUCUUUCCACACUGCGUGCCGAUGAGCUGCAGGACGGUCCUUUGAAGCCCCCUAGUGAGGCAACAACCCCAUCAGUAGAACAUAUCGAUCCUUUUCGGCCCACCAAGGAGACUACAACCUCGGCUGUGACGACUGUAUCUGCAUCGCCGGAAUUGUCAAAACCAGAAAUCAAAGAACCCGCCGCCUCUACAUUACCCAGACCUCGACCCUCCGUCACACCACAGCAACGACGCCUCAGCAACCUUUUCCAGCCACCUGCUAAAGUUCUCGGGGCUGCAAAUGAUGCUGUGCGCACCACUGCCGACCAAAGCUUGAAGAACAUUGGUGCUACAUUGGACAGCAGUUUCAACUUUCUGUUUGGUCGUCUGAAGGAAAUGCAAAACAUCCAAGGACCCGGCCCCGAAGGUAGCGAACCAAUACUGCCAAAGACAUUGGCCGAGGCUCGUCGUCUAGUGAGCUUGCCGCUUGCCUCUACCACCAACCAAACCCUGACCCAAGGGGAGCUCGCAGCAAUCAACUCUGUUUCCGUGGAUGAAAGCACACCCCUACGCAGUAGUUCAAGACUCACAGACCUCUCCAGCGCCCCUACCCCUCGAGACCGGAGCGUGGACAGUACCCGAACUCAGGGGAGCGGUAAAAAGCUCAUCACGACAUCACUACGCGAAGAUUUUGCGUCGAGUUCACCCAUAACCACUCCGUUAGAAUCAAUGCGAAACUUUGGCAACACGCUCAACCCUCUGAACCACAUCCCGGGCAUGAUGAAGAACUUUGGCCGCAACGCACCAGAGACUCCCAGCGGCAGGUCCGUAUCUCCAUCGGGACUGGACAGAUUCAAGUCAUCACCUGCCUCGACAGAUGUCACUAGUGGUCCUGUUAGUCCACUCCCCACCUCUUCAUCGAAAAUUGAUCCUCCGAUCCAGCGGUUCCUUGAGACACAGGAUGCGCGCGAUCUCCGGAUUGGGGACGUAGCUGUUCUACUGGAGGACUAUAAGAGACUCGCUGCUGCGCUUUAUAAACCCGGUGCCGAGUCUCGAUGA